CUCAUUUGUUUGUUGACAUGUUACGUUUUCGGUGGAAGUAAUCGCGAAAAAUGAAUUCUCAAAAAAAUCUGAUGUCUUUUUCUCACUUUCUGCUUCGGGCCAAGUAUCUGAAAUUGUAUCGAGACAUUUUAAGAACAAUUAAAAAAGUUCCUAGUUUAGAAAGUCGAGCAGAGCUCAAACAAUGGGUCAGAACCGAUUUUGAAACAUAUAGGAACAUUUCUGACGAAGCUCUAGCAAAAUAUCACUUAUCAAGAGGAAAAGCCUUUCAUGAAAAGUUAUUAUUAAGUAUUAGUUUAUCAAAAGGUAGUUGA